AUGGCUGCCACCAACCCACUUCCCAAUGUCGCGCCCAUGCACGACAUCCUUCAGGACGCUCUUGACGCUCUGUCAUCGCCUCGGAUUUCAACCACAGCGAAAGGAGAUGCCCUGGUGGCCAUCGAACAUGUACUCGCUGAGACGGCCGACCCAAGAGCCACGGGCCUGCCUGGGUACUUCAACGCAUUGCAGGAUACCUUUCAGUGCAAUGUGGCCUCGCGCAUCAUCGCGUGGACGGCUGAAACAUCCCCGAUGCUUGAUAACGCCCUCAAGAAACACCCCGCGAACCCCGAAGACAACGCGGCCGUCGCCACGCUGUCAGCUCAACUUACUCUCGCCAUGACCAUCAUUCAAGGAGUUGCCCUUGUCCACAAGUCAAGCAAACAGUUCUUAGGCCGAAGCUAUCCCCUAGAGGUGUUACUCGACCUGUUCCUAGUUUCACGUCAUCUGAGCCACUCCCCGACCGGACCCAGCGUCCCAACAUCCCCCAAGUCCGGGGUCUUCUCGGCACCGGUCUACAAGUCUGAAGAAGUACCCCUCGCAUCCGUCGUACUGGACACUCUUCUUUGCGUCCUUGUCGACGCCGUUCCGGCUCUGCGGACCUUUGAAGAGCUUAACGGAGUGCAGGUCGUGGUGAAGAUCUUAAAACGGUCCGGAACUCCUCGUGAAGUUAGGAUGAAAUGUCUUGAGUUCAUAUACUUCUACCUCAUGGACGAAACAACCACUCCCGAAGCUGUGGGUGAAACCGCAGAAAGCUUGCAAGAGCUCGGUGUCUCUGUCCCCUCGCAAACGCACAGAAAGUCCUCCUCUAUCUCAACGUCCUCUAAUUCGGGCUUCACUACCCGGCCCUCGUCUCGUUCGUCGUCUGGUUCCUCUGCAUUCUCCGCGCUUUCAACAUCGACCACUGCAACCUCCGCUUCCCUCCACGGUCCUCCCAUCGCCACGAAACCUGAUGCCGAAAACGAACCCAUUGAUCCUUCAAGUCGCACCAAGACCGUCAUACCCUCUUCUCGUCCGGUCACGCCUCCCCCUGGAGGUCGCGUUCAACCUCGCUCCCUGCUCAUGCUGAAGAAGGAAGUCGACUACGUCCCUCUGAGCCCACGCAAACCUCAGCUUAGCCACUUGGGCCGUACACCCAGUGGUUUGCGCCCCAAAGCUCCGGCAGAGCGUAGCACCCCGAGUCACGCUCACCCUGCUACGCCGAUACCCCCGUCGCGCUUGCAGCUCCGUGGAUCUCGCGAUCGCUUGUCUUCCCCGGUGGAUAAAGAGACUCCGGAGCCGCGCAAGGCGACACCGCGCACGCCGCGCCCGCGGCUGAGCCUCGCGAACUCGCACUCGCGUGGGCUCUCGACGUCGUCGAUCUCUUCGCUGUCCUCUGUCGGGUCCUCGAUGAGCUCCGCGGAGACCGAACCUCUACCACCCUUACCUUCGCUUCUCGCCUCUCGUCGAGCAACGCCAGCACCCAGUCGUGGCCUUUCAGCGUCCAGCAAUGCCCCCGACACGCCCAAGUCCAGCCUCGGUCCCAGCAAGACUCCCCUCCACCGGCGGACGCAGAGCCUUGCUGACUUUGCGCCCAGCGACUCCACCGCGUCGUCCUCGCUUUCUCCUGUCCUCUCCCACUCUGCGCGGGUGGACGGCGUGGGCCCACGCAGCGCCAGUUCGCCGACUACGGGCGCAGCCGUGUGCGCGACCGAGGGCAAGCGUGGUCCGCGAACGACGGCGGAGAAGAAGGAGAUUCUGGGGACGAUGCUCGGCAACGUCGACGCGCUCGUCGAGGGGGUGAAGAAGGCGGGCGUGUGGGGCCUCAGCUGA